AGUUUCCAUGGUAACACAAAAUUGGGCCCUCUCGCAGCUAUCCAAUCAGAGUUUGAAGUAGCCGAACCAAGGGUCCAGUAAAAAAAUCUGUAUUUAGAUUAUAGAAAUCACGAAUAAAUAUUUUGGAACCAAAUUUUUGCGAGUUAGGCUUAUUCAAACGCGAAGUUUCUCUGCAUUCCCAGUUCAUCGAACAUGGAAUAACAAAUCAUUUUGAGACAUAUGUGACGCCGCUAUUUCAAUAUUAUCAUGUUCAUUUUUCUUUCGUAAGCUGAAUCAGCAGAAAAGUCGCACCUUCAUUUGUGCUUAUUAUUCAAGUCAAGUAAAUUUGAACAGAUAGUGUGUCACUGCCCAAGCCACUGCCCACACUCGGAGUUGUUUUUACGUAACUGGCAUUUGUGUGCAUUACUCGUUCAUACUUCACAUCCAUUUGUUUUCCUCUGUGCUGAUAAAAAAUUUAUUCGCGCAAAAAAUGAGAACCAUCGCAAUAUUUAUCUUUUUACUGGUGACAAGUACUUUAGCUGAAAACAAAUACAGUAAAGAAGCUAAUGACCCUCAAAGGGUUAAACAGAAAAAAGGCACGAGCAUUUGGAUGGAAGAUAGGGAAGAUCUGCCUUUCAGGAUGGCAAAGAUAAACCAGAUAUGGAAUAAGGCUAAGAAGGUCCUCAGUCCUGGUAAGCUGGAGGCGCUGCGGGACGAGCUCGUGCUGCAGGACAAGCAGGAGCUGACGUGGAAGAGACUGAAGAACGAGGGUGGCGACAAAGAUGGACUGAAGGAGGCACAGCUGCGCACUAGACUUCUUGAAACGCUCAACCGAUACGGCCUGGCCCGCUAUCACCCUUCUGGACCUGCCCGUGCCGCCGCCGCCGACACACCAACACCCACGCCGAAAGUCACGAUGCAUCGGUUAUUCAAGGACAAGAAACUAAACAGGCUGUGGGAGAAGGCGGAAAAGUCGGGCUUUUCACAGGAGGAGCUGAAGGCACUACGGCAAGAGUUUCAACACCAUCAGGAUCGGGUGGACGAGUAUCACCUACUGGUGGAGGAACACCAUCAGGCGCGCGAACAGCAGGAGGAGAUGUCCAACAACAUUCACGAAUCGGAUGUCAAACCGUCGCAAAACCUAAAGAGGAACAAGUCACACGCAGACUACAAAUCACGGAUAAAUGAUCUCCAUGAAGAACUUAGCCGUGGCUACGACCGGCUUCACGUGGCAAGUAUCAGUGGACCCGAUGGCAGAGACUUUAUGGAGCCCAAGGUGGAUGGACUGUGGCAGAUGGCCAGAAAAGGAGACUUCACAGCCGAGGAGCUCGAGUCGUUAUGGACGGAGCUGAAACAUUACGAGCAGCGACUGCAGAAACUCCGUCACGUUCAGAUGGACAUGCUGUCCAAAGAUGGACGUCAUCGGCACACCGACGACGACGAUUUACCGGAUAAAACUGAGGGACGUAAGGUAUUUGAUCGGAAGAUCAAGGAUCAGGAGAGGCACGUGGAAAAGCUACAGGUGAUGCUGGAGGAUAAGAUACUCAGCCGUCACACUGAGCUAUGAUGACGUCAUUGAGGGACUCGAUCCGUGGCGUCAGUGUGAUGAUGACGUCAUUGGUGGCCGUGGUGAUGGGGCAUUGGGUGCAUUGAAUUGUGAUGUGGUUAGUGCCGAAUUAUGACGUCAUAAGAUGAUCGGUGUCUGGGCUAUGAAUCUCUCACACUAGUGAAUAGGACGACCACAGAACGGGAACCCAAACAUGGUUACCGUGACGUCACUAUGAAGUAUGAACUAUGAUGUCAUUCAGAGUCACCUGUUGGGUAAACGAUGCAUACAACGGCGGAAAUGGUUUACUUUUAGUCAUACUGAAUAGUGAACACAGAAGUGAACUUUAAUUGGUGUCGCGCUUUUGUAAUUGACGUUUUUUACUCAUAUGUCCUCUUUCUUGUAUUAUCUCAACCACCAUUUUUCUUUUUCGGGUAGGUUCUACUAUUUAAAUCAAUAGGGAUAAGGUGUCCUUUUGUCAUUGCUUCUUUCUGAUAGUUUACGUAUGUUGUAUUUCAUAGGCAUUACAGCGAAGUGAUGUCAGACCAAACAGUUCGUAUGUGGAUAGAAUGUCCAUUGUCAUGUUGUUUGGAUUCAGACAUGGAUACGAAUCCGGGACCAGAUCCGGAUGCCGUUAUAUACGUUUCCGAAGUCCGAACGUAUGUCAAGUUGAGGUGACGUAAAUAAGGUCAUCUCGCCCCCAGUGGUACUUUUUGUCUGAACUAGGAGAUAGACCGAAGACUGGUGUUUCAUCAGACCUCCCCCCCCCCCCCCCCCCUCCGCCACCUGACCCAAGUGUUAUAGAUGCGUUUUUGUGAGAGGCUAUCGCAAUGUUGUCACGUUUACGAGUGUUGUCCAAGCUGCACGUGCAGCUAUCAAAUCCGUCCAAUUUGAUCUGAUACGGUGUGUUAUACUAUCGUUCGCAACGCUGAAGCAGUCUUUUGGCGUAUGCAUGGCGGCAGCGGCAUAGGUACCUUAUGACUGUCGCUUGUGGCUCGAAUCUAUCUUUGGUCCGAAAAUAUAGCUUAGGUAAGAACGU